AUGGCACCAAAAGUCGCAAUCGUUUUUUAUUCUAUGUAUGGCCACAUCGCCAAGCUCGCUGAAGCUGAAAAGGAGGGUUUGAAGAAAGCUGGCAUCGAUGCCGACAUCUACCAAAUCGCCGAGACGCUCCCAGCUGAGGUCUUGACCAAGAUGCACGCUCCUCCAAAGCCAGACUACCCAAUUGCUACCGCAAAGACGCUCGAGGAGUACGACGCUUUCCUCUUCGGUGUCCCAACCAGAUACGGUAACUUCCCAGCACAAUGGAAGGCCUUCUGGGAUACCACUGGUGGCCAAUGGGCGAAUGGUACCUACUGGGGUAAAUACGCCGGUGUCUUCGUUUCCACCGGAACCCCAGGUGGAGGUCAAGAGUCAACCGUCAUCGCAGCCAUGUCCACUCUCGCCCACCACGGCAUCAUCUACGUCCCACUCGGCUACAAGACCGCCUUCCCAAUCCUCGCCAACUUGUCUGAGGUCCGUGGUGGUUCACCAUGGGGAGCUGGUACCUUUGCCGGUCCAGACGGCAGCCGUCAACCUUCUCCUCUGGAGUUGGAGCUUGCUACCACCCAGGGAGAGAGCUUUGGAACCGCUGUUAGCAAGGUCACUUUCGCCUGA